AUUGAUUUUGACAGAUCGGCAUGAGACAUUGAAUCUGGCAAAUAAAGGAUACAUACUGAUAAGAACAUCGAAAUUGACAUUCAGAUGUAGUGGCAACUAGAUACUGGUGUUUUCUCUACUCUUCUAAACGUCAAAAAACACCUGAAAUGAACGUUGUAAAGAUAAGGAACACGGCGAGGAUGUUUGGAUGCUGCAGAUUUUUUCAAUAUUUUUCCAAGAUACAGGCAACGCCUUUGUCAACUGUGCGAGUAUUCAGUUCUACAAAUAUUUCCCAGUUAAAAGAAACUAAGCAUCAAAAGAAGAAGAAAGUUAAAAGUGUUCCUCUUGCAAUUGAAGUGCUAAAAGAUGGCAAUUCAAAUUUUGAAAUACAAACACCAGAAUUACCUGAAUAUCUUACAAAUGAAAGUAUUGAAGACAUUAGAAGCGAGAUAGAAACUCUAAGAAAAAUGAAAGAAAAUUUUAAACAUGAGGUGAAACAAUUUAAAACAGAUAAAAACCUUAUUGAACAGUUAGAUGAAGAAGGGAAUAAUAAAAAAGAUGAAGAAUACUUGCAAAAAGCAGCGCUUAUUGGAACAGCUAAUGAAAAGAUUGAAAUGUCUGAUGUUCCUUGUGGGGGUUGUGGAGCUCUGUUACACUGUGUAGAUCCAUCUUUGCCUGGCUUUGUUUCACAAGAGCUGUAUUUGAAUCAUAAACUGGAGGAAUUGGUUUGUCGCAGGUGCAUUGAUGUGAAUGGUUCACCAGAAAAAGACGUCACUCAAGAAAUUGACGUGGGCGUUUACAAAGCUAUUUUCAAGAGAAUAAAGAUGGAAAAGGCUUUGGUAGUUAUGGUUGUUGAUGUGACGGACUUGACAAAUUCCAUUAUACCAGGCUUUGUGAAAAAUGUUAGUAAAAGAACUCCUCUGGUAAUAGUGGGAAACAAAAUUGAUCUGAUUCCUAAGGAUAGUGAUGGUUACCUUGACAGAGUGUUACAAAGGAUAGAGGAUGAAUGUUUGAGGUCAUCCCUGUUAUACAAAGACAAUAUCAAACAUAUUUGCCUAGCUAGUGCCAAAACUGGAUAUGGUAUUGAAGAUUUAAUAAGCAAGUUGCUGACAUUUUGGAAAAAUGAAGGCAAUGUGUAUGUAGUCGGGAUAACAAACUCCGGGAAAUCAUCACUGUUCAACAAGUUUCUGGACUCGGACUACUGCAAACAUUCCUGUCGAGAUGUUGUACAGAGGGCAACGGUUUCCAGGCUACCAGGAACCACAUUGAAUGUAUUGGGUUUCCCAAUCAUGCGUGCAAGGAAACGCUACAUGGCGCACAGAAUUCAGCGUCUUUUGGCAGAGCGAGAGAUGGAAAAGGAACUAGCUGUUGCUCGCAAGGAAAAACUAAAGCGGGAAGGACGCAGCCGCAAUGCCACACUGAUUGGAAAUGUUGGUAAGACAGAGUUUCGCUCAGAGACGGCGCUGGAGGAAUGGGUGGAGAAAUAUGCUUCAACUGGAAACACCUUCGCCACUUAUUCCCUGGACAACUUACAAGAUGUAGAUGAGAGUGACCAGGUCCAGGAGAAGGCUGAAUCCUGGUUAACGGCGAGGAAGUUAGUCCAUAAUGAGGAGUUUCCGGAUAGCUGCUGGUGUUAUGAUACUCCUGGCAUCGUCACCGAUCAACAGGUUACAAACCAUUUGAACCAGACAGAGUUGCGGCACAUUUUAAAGAGAAAAGUGAUCCACCCCAGGACGUACGUUAUGGCGCCAGGUGAUACCAUGUUUGUGACAGGGCUUACGAGAAUUGAUUAUCUACAGGGCGUGAAGAACACACUUUUCACAGUGCACAUGGUCCAUUUCCUGCCUGUUCAUGUGAUGAAGACAGCAACAGCUGACCAAUUCUAUGCUGAUAACAUUGGCACAGAAACUUUUAGGGUGCCUGUUGGUGAUGAGGACAGACUGAACAAGCUGUCUAGCCUGUGUGGAACGGAAUUUACCAUGGAAACGGAGGAUGCUAACUUCGCGUCUGCAGACCUGCAACUUUCCUCCUUAGGCUGGGUAUCGAUCGCCGCGGCCCCUUCGGAAGUUGUGGUUCGCGCCUACACGCCAGGUGGACGGGGCAUGAGUCUCCGGUCCCCGGCUCUGCUGCCUAACAUCGUCGCCUUCAAGGGAACCAGAAUACCUAGAACUAAACAAUAUCAGAUGAGAAAAUUGAGAAUGUAGUUUUGUGAGACUACAUGUUAAUACAUUGAUCUGUAGUAUUGUUAUAAUGAAGAGUUUAAAAUAAUAAAUGACAG